UUCCGUUUCGUUUAAAAAUAACAUCUACAUCGCGUAAACAUCUAGUGUCUCGAACGAGUGGAUUCGCUUUAAUACAGUGAGUUGUCGUGAUUCGUAACUCCACGAAAAUAGGUAACGUUAUUUCGUAUAUUACUUCACGAUUGUCUCCGAAGGUGAACUGUCAAAUACAAGUUGAUGUACUGUGAUUGCGUUAUUAUCGAAAUGAGAAGAAUAUCGAAUAUCGCGAGAGUUUAAGAAGUUCGGGCAAACUGUUGGCGAUAGAGAAUAUCGCUUGUGCGCGUAAGACCUCGUGCAGCCCUCGAUUAAGAUAGCCAGCCACUGUGAAUCCGGUUUGGCAAAAGUUGCGAUCAAUAACUCUCUGUUUAGGUUAGAGCAACUGUUACUGUUCCUCGUGUUGUGCGUGUAACUAUGUCACGUGCUUUCAAAAACUGUGAAUUGACCGAUAACUAAUUCACAUCACUACUUUCGCGUGCGUCUCAUAAUUGAGACCGCUCGUUCGCUUGUGAACACCAAUAACCCAUUUACGUUCGUGAACACGUGAACACGUUUUCGAUACACGAAUGUCGUUCUUUCGGUUGGCACGGUCAUCUCUGAAUCGCAGAAGUGGAGGUAUUCUGCGAAAUGGCAUUAAAUAUGGAGCCCUCCUCCUCGAGCCAAACGAUCGGCUGCAUUGGAAAGUGCAAUUAUAAAUUAAAAUGCGACCAUUUAGACAAGUUGACAGAUAAUAUAAAGAACACUCUGGAAGACAAAGAGGGCAUGAAAAUGUUCAAAGAAUACAUAAAGGAACAUAACACAUAUAACGAUUGUGUGGAGCUGUACGAAACCUGCGACGAAUACCUCAAAACAUGGGGAAAGAAUGAGCACCAAAUAAAAUCUCGGAUCAAGACAGUCUUGGAAAAGGUGAACAAAUUGGACGUUCCUGGGUUCGACUCGGCGCUUCAAACAAGAAUGAGUACAUUUGAAUCGAGAACCGACUGGAAGGACGAGGCGUUUCAAAUUUUAGGAGAUAUCAUACUUCAUUGUUUCAAUUAUUUGGCGUCUAUCCACGAGAGUUUCAAAAAACAGGUGGCGAAGCCGUGCUCUUCGAUCGAAUAA